CAUACGCAUUCCGGCCGACUCAACUUUCUUAACCUGUCUUCUUUUUCGAUGGCAGUGGCAGCAGUGGUAGCUGUUGGCGCAAGUGUGUAUGUAUGCAGGUAGCUUGUCUGAAGGCUUAUCGGGUCUUAUCGGUCCAUUCCGCUUCCUCCGAAACUGCCAUCCUGUCCGAACCCCCACACAUUCCACUGUUCGUUGAAGCCACCCCGGAUCCCAUUCACAUCCUACCACACGACAAUCGGCCAUGGCUCCUCUGUUGGAAACUCCUAUCGUCCAGCUCCACACUCUCCCUGAGCAACCAUUCACUCUCCCUGAGCAGCCAUAUACCCCUCCGGAGGAGCUGCCCACGGUUCUCUGCUCCAUCAACACCAUCCUCCCGGGACGGCGAUGCACACCGGCAACCAUUGUAGUCUCUCCGACCUCCGGAAAGAUCAUCCAUAUCUUUGCUGAGAUCCUUCCCGCCUCGACCUUCCCGCCUGGCACCGAGUACCACGAUGUCUCGCCCAAGUAUCUGAUGCCCGGACUGGUCGAUGCUCAUGUCCACCUGAACGAGCCAGGCUGGCGUACCGAGUGGGAAGGUUUCGAGACGGGAACCAGGGCUGCCGCCUUUGGUGGUGUGACGACGCUGAUCGAUAUGCCGUUAAACGCCAUCCCGCCCACCACCACGGUUGAGAACUUGAACGCUAAGGUCAAGGCGGCUGAAGGCCAGUGCUAUGUCGAUGUCGGUUUCUAUGGUGGUGUCAUUCCCGGCAAUGAGGAUGACCUCGUUCCGCUAGUGGAAGCUGGUGUCCGUGGCUUCAAGUGCUUCCUGAUCAACAGUGGUGUUGAAGAGUUCCCCGCUGUGACAGCCGCCGACAUCUCCAAGGCAAUGGAGAAGCUGAAGGAUUCCCCAACGCUGCUAAUGUUCCACGCUGAGAUGCUCCCCCCAAUCACCAAGUCUGUUGGCGACUAUGUCCUCCAUGGUGAGGCUCCUCUGGCGCCCACCGGCCCUGUCAACUCGUACAAGACCUUCCUCGACUCCCGUCCUGUCGCCUUCGAGACGUACGCCAUCGAGAGUAUCCUCGAGCAAGCCCACAUCGCCCCCGAUCUGCGCCUGCACAUCGUCCACCUCUCCGCGGCGGAGGGCAUCCCCCUCGUCAAGAAAGCGCAAGAAGCCGGCGUCAAGCUCACCGCCGAAACCUGCUUCCACUACCUCACCCUCGCGGCCGAAGACAUAGCGGACGGCGACACGCGCCACAAGUGCUGUCCGCCGAUCCGCGAGGGCGCCAACCGCGACUACCUCUGGGACGCGCUCAAGGAUGGGCUGAUCGAGACGGUCGUGUCCGACCACUCGCCCUGCACGCCCAAUCUCAAGAUGCUCGCCGAAAACGGCGGCGACGGCGACUUCUUCGAGGCGUGGGGCGGCGUUUCCACCGUCGGCCUGGGCCUCUCGGUGCUCUGGACCGAGGGCUCCAAGCGCGGCGUCGACCUCGCAACCAUGGCCGAGUGGACCGCGUGGAAAACUUCUAAGCAGGUCGGACUCCUCGGCACUAAGGGUGGCCUCGUCCAGGGCUGGGAUGCGGACUUCUGCGUCUUUGAUCCUGAGGCUUCGUUCACUGUCACGACUAGAGACAUGCACUUCAAGAACAAAGUGACGCCGUACGAAGGCAAGACCCUUCGCGGCCGCGUAUGCGAGACGUGGCUCCGCGGCCGCCGUAUUUACUCGACCGACGAGGGCUUCGAGCGGAAGGGGCCGCAGGGACAGCUGCUGCUCAAUAAGAAGUAAUGAGUCGGGUCGCGU